AGCCCCAGGGGCUUUUACUCCUCGGGGCACUCGGGGUGCGGGAGAGAGGGAGGGCUGAGCCGGCAAGCACCGGUGUCCUGGUGGUCGUUCAAGGGCUGAGAAUACGGUCGUGGAUCGGAUUUUCUCUGGUAUCCAGCCAACCGGAACACCUCAUCUGGGUAACUACCUUGGAGCCAUUCAGAACUGGGUGAAUCUGCAGGAAGAGUACAGCUCAGUGCUGUAUAGCAUUAUGGACAUGCACUCUCUCACCAUGCCCAAGGAACCAGCUGUCCUGCGCCAGAACAUACUGGACACCACUGCCGCCAUCCUUGCCUGUGGUAUUGACCCAAAGAAGUGUUUCCUGUUCCGACAGUCACUGGUUCCUGAGCACGCAGAACUUGCCUGGAUUCUUGGGUGCUUAACUAAUGUGCCACGUCUGCUACGUUUGCCCCAGUGGAAGAUGAAGCGUGCCAGCCAGAAUAGCGAAGGAACUGUUGGUUUGUUGACUUACCCUGUGCUUCAAGCAGCAGAUAUUUUGCUGUACAAGUCAACACAUGUUCCUGUUGGAGAAGAUCAAGUCCUGCACCUGGAACUAGCCCAAGAUAUAGCACAACAUUUCAACAAGAAAUAUGGAGAAUUCUUUCCUGUGCCCAAAGCCAUUUUAAGUACAACAAAGAAAAUAAAAUCCCUCAGAGAUCCAGCAGUGAAGAUGUCCAAGUCAGACCCAAAGAAAUUAGCUACUGUUAACAUAGCAGACAGCCCUGAUGAAAUAGUGCUGAAGUUUCGCAAAGCUGUGACUGACUUUACCUCUGAGGUGACCUAUGACCCAGCUGCUCGCCCUGGUGUCUCCAAUCUGGUGUCCAUUCAUGCUGCAGUAACAGGGCUCAGCAUCAAGGAAGUGCUGCACCAAGCCGCUGGUCUCGACACUGCUCACUACAAAAUGGUGGUAGCAGAGUCAGUUAUUCAAAAAUUUGCACCUAUCAGGAAUGAAAUCAAGAAACUCCAGGAAGACAAGUCCCAUCUGAUAAAGGUUUUAGAGGAUGGAGCAGAGAAAGCCAAAGAACUGGCUGCCCCCAUCUAUCAAGAAAUUAGAAGACUGGUGGGAUUUCAAUAGAAGCUACUGAGUAGUUGCAAGGACUUUUAUAUCAUGGGACAGACAUUUUGUUAUUUGUAACAAAAUCACUUAUUAAUUAUUAAUCAUUUUGGUUUGAAACAAAAGCUUUUUUCCCUGGAAGAUCCAAGUAGAACAUUGAAGGUGAUUGCAUUAAAAAAUGUGCAUAUUACCAGUGGGACCAUCAUUAAGCUUGUCUGGAUAGUCAAAGAGGGAGGGCAGAAACAAUCACAGUUCACAAAGAAAUUGUGCAAAAGCAGAGUAUAAGGUUGCCUCUAUGGACUUUUUUGAUUUUUCCAUUGACCGCUGCAAGAAGCUGAAGUAUAGGCAAGGUGAUCAGAAUCUACCAGAAAGAUUUGUAAUCCUUUCGAGAACUUACUUAGCUGUGUAUGUAAUCUUGUUACAAAUGGACAGUUCAUCCCAUUGUGGGUUAUUCAGCUUUGAUAUGGUGGUUGAACAUGUUUUGGAUAACCAGAAUAAAAGCAGAGACUUACAAAUAAAUGCUCAGGGUGAUGAAGAGAGAAUUUAUUGCUUCUCCCUAUCAUGUCUUCAAAUUCAGUGUGACUUUUUUAUCUGCGUAGUUGUGCAAAGUGAGCCAGUGUGUCUCUUUAAAACUCACUGGAUACUGUGCUUGAUGACUUCUUUUGAUAGUCACUCCAAAGAAUCCAGAAAGUGGAGUUGAAUUUCACUUCUGCCACCUGUAUCAUCCUGCUGGUGGGGUCUAAGGUACUUCAGUGACAAAUGGUGUGCUUCAGCUGCUCCUAUUCUGCCUGCUGUUCUGUUUAGCAGGGAGCUCCAGGAUUUUCAGUUCAGCAUCAAGUUCUAGGAUUGCUUUAGAAAAGGUGUAGGGAAGAAGACGUGAUCCUGAGUCAAAGAAAUUUUAGGUUGAGAAUCAGAGAACUUUUUGUAAAGCUGGCAAAAUUACUUGUUCAGAAAAUUGUGCCAAAGUCAGAGCCAGAAGCGAGUUAAAUAGAUCUGUAUGAACUCUUCACUACUGAGCCUCAGGAAAACCUGGUGAUGGGAGAAUGGUAUUAGCCUGCACUACCCACAGACUGAGACCUGUGGACCAUGGCAUUUGUCAGGGAAUGUGUGGCAAAGGGGAAUUGCCAAAAGGAGACACCAUAUUCUGAAGAGGGGGUAGUAAUACAUGUUAAAAGGUAAUUAAAGCCCUCCUGGUCCUGUGCCAGCAUAUUUAACUGUAUCGUUACUGUUCUUGGUGCUGUGUUUGAAAUUGCUGUACUGUAAUGUAAAUUGAGUUAAUCCUGUACUCUGGCAGUUCAUAACCAUUAUAUAUAUGCCUGUGGCAUUUGUCAUGAAGGAUUGCAGUCUUACAUGACUUAGUAAAACUGGAGGAGGGAGGGGGUGUUUCUACAUAGUGUGGUUGUUUGUUUGUUUGCUUGCUUGCUUUUUAAAAAAGACACUAUUUAGUUAAUUAUAGUGACUUGAUUCAGAAAGAAAUAUUUAAUUUCCCAAAACAUGAAGCUGAGAACUGAGCAUCUCCGGAUCUGUGCUGAGACCUGUAUUUAUUUGUUAGGGAUCUGAAGAGAACUGCCAUUGGAGAACUUGAUGAUGACAGAUUUUCUAGAGUUAGUCAAGACUAACUAAGUAGAGUGGAUGGAGACAGAAUGAUCAGAAAUCAAACUCAGUAUAGACAAGUCCAAGGUAAUGUCCUCUGGAAAGAAUAAGUAUGUUCAAAAAUUAUCCCUGGUUUUAAAUAAGCAGAUUAGGAAAGGGCACAAUUAUAGUUGUGCAUAUUUAGGUAGUUUUAAAAAGUUUUUGUCAGUGUUUAACAGGUGCAUUGUCUGCAUGGAAACUAAGACAAAAAUUAAGGCACACAGUUACUGCUGCUUACUGACUUGGCAUAAAGUAUUUGCAGUGGCACUGUUUAAUAUGGAUUGAUUUCUGCAAAGUUCCCACAAUAUCUUCCUUAAGAGAAGCUAAGACAGGGCUGGCUCAUGAAGACACUGAAAAUCUUCACCUACGUUUACCUCUACCUCUUUUUCAUUAGCAAAGAUAGGAGCAUAUAUUCAAGAGACAAAUCAUAGUUUCAUUUUUUGCACUUCUGAUAUCCAAAUCACCUAACACAUAGGGUUGCCAUUCAACGCACCUUCUUUGCAGUGGGAAGGAAAUAGGAGCAUUCAUGGGAGGGGUUGACAUCAACAGGCAAUUCUGGUUUGUUACUCAAACUAUUCUGAGCAAUCUUUCCAAAACUGUUAGAUUUUUUCAGAAAAUCACAUAGAUGAAGCAGGAAGAAAAACUUCAAAAGAGCCUUUUCUUUGAGGUAGGGGUUUAGUGCAUCACGUAUUUAGCAGUGUUUCAAACAAAUUCACUAAUUUGUGUCUUUUUAAUUUCCUGUCUAACAAACCUUACUUGCCUGACUUAUUUCCUUCAAGUAAGGAAAUAUACCCGGGUUUUUUUUCAGUUUCAGGAAAGUUAAACUCAUGUUAAAUGAGUGUGUUCACCUAUUGAUUGUUGACUUAGCUUUUUAUUUUAGUUGCUCCUGUGGAGGAAUUCUCAAAAUAAAAGCUGUGUCUGCCCAGUGACAUAGUCCCAGUUCCAUUAACAUCCAUGAUCUUUAGAGUCCCCUGGGAUGAGGCAACGAACAUAGAUGUGCGGAUAUCUGUUGCCUAUUUCGGUUUUCUUGGAGCAUGGCUUUUUUGCAAAGUUAACUAUCUUGGCACUCAUGUCAUUUAGCUGAACGUAGCCUGGCUGCCUCUUUGCAUUUCUUAAGCCCUUCACUUGGUGUCUGGGAAGAGUUUGUCAGGAAGAAGCUGAGCUUGAAGCAAUGUGUGCUCAGUACUAGCAGUAAAACUUUUUUGAUUCCAAGCCACUCUGAUCUCUUUACUCUUCCUCUACCUCCCUGUUUCCUCUUUAGAACAUUUUUGUAAGCACCCAUUCUGUGUGGUGUUCCGUGAUGGUGUCUACAAUAAUGAAGUAGUGCAGAUGAGUUAGAGCAGCUGUUUAGAGAACCGUUGCUGGAGAACACGAUGCUAUAUAUUUCAGAAUUACUUGUUUCACACUAACUAGUCCAGUGUGCUGGGAGUUUACUGGUUGUUUACACCUGGAGUGCAGUAGAUGCGCUCCUGAAAUGCAUUUUUGUGUUUGUUUUUAUCCAGAUCAUAUUCCUUGAGACUUCUCUGUUAUGUCAGCUGAAGUGCAGUAGGUGGGGACAGUGGAGAGUUCUGCAGAACUCCUGAUCCCAGCUGCACUGCUAGUAUAGAAGUGCCUUGUGGUAUUGCAGAAGUCAUUGUAAGGCGUUCUUCCAGGACUGGGUGAGGAAAAAGGUCCAAAUACAUCUUUCCUAAUUAAAGAAAGAAGAAUUGAAAGGUGGAAAGGUAUCCUUACCCCUUGCUGUGUUGCUCUUUGAAGAAAAGAAAGCUAAAACAACAAUCCUUUAUUUUGAAUAUGUGCGGUAAUUUGUGCCUUAGUCUCAAAAUUUCCUCCUUUGCCAUUCCUGUACAUAAGUGCAUCUGAAGUACAUAUAUAGUGGUUGGGAUCUGCAGCAUCAGACAUGGCAUCUCCUGGUAAGUUUUGCUUACCUUUAGAGAUAAAACAUCAACUCCACAGUGAAUAACUUGCAAAGCUCUAACUAAAACAUUUAUACACUUGGGACAUCCAUCUUUGUGGUCAGUGGUUCCUAGGAAGUCAUCACUUAUAAGAAGAUGCUGGGAGUGAGUCUCAGUUCUGUUCUCUCAGUUUUUGAGAAUUUUAAAUUCAGGAACAAUGUUUUCUUCAGCAGAGACUCCAGAUUAGGAUCGGCACCAUAUAUUAACUCUGGCACUGCUCCAGCAUACAUCCUUGCCUCAAAUAACUGGAGCGCAUAUAUAUUGUACAUUAUACUGGAAUUUGACUGUAACUGUUAAAGAUGUGGUUGAAGUAUACUUAGUUUUCAAACACCGUGAUCUGGCUUCUCAUAUUCUCCAGAAGGCCUUGUGCAUAGUUCCGGUUUGGUGUGUGUUUAUCGACGAACAAUUAAAGCAAAACUCUCAGGAUUAUGUCUGCAUCCAUUGAAGGUUAAGGACUUCAUAAGAGUGAGCUGAAAGUCUUAGGAAGGACAGUGAAAUGGGAUCCUUGGGGACUGACCUGCGUCUGAACGUUUUGGGACCACAGAUUAUCAAAGCAAAAGUUUUCAUCUCCCUGGUUAGGACCAUCACGAUUCUGACAACAGUACAGCAGUAAAUACGGCUAAUGAAAGCCUUUAUGUCAUUUUAUGUGGGAAUUCUGGAUCUGAUUUGUUGAGGACUGUAGUAUAACGUGAAAUUUUAACUUUUCUGACCUCCACAGUUUGCUAGAUGUUUAUGACAGCAGAAAUCUGUUUGAAACCAUUCGCCAAAGCCGAAUCUAAUCCUCAGAUCCAAAGCCUUUGGGUGUUUUCCCGAAAUGGAGAUUUCACAAAACAGUUUAUUAUUUAUAAACUACAAUACCAAUUUCAGUAAUUGCUGUAGGGUCAGUAAGAGCCAGAGGUCCAUUCUGAAUUACUCAUUCAUAUAUUUCAUUACUGUUCUGAUGCACAUUCUGCAUAUCCAUAUGGCUAAAGGAUCAUGACAAAACUCAGAGGAGAUCUGUGUGUGGUUCUGGUAAUAGCAACAAUAUGGACCCAGGCGGGUUUGAGUCUUUAAUCUAAUGAACAUGCUCUUUCAGUGGUCCAGCUUGGUUAGAUUUAUCUUCAGGACAACAGAUGGAUCUUUCACCAUUUUAAUCUCUGCGUUUGAGUGCCUGGAUGCUCAAACAUAAACUGUUUAUGACUGAUUGACUGCUUCACAGGGAGAAAUAGCAAGCUGGCAUAGAGAGUCCAGUGGAAAAGGUUUUCUUUUCAGGAAAUAUAUUAUCUGUUCUUGACAGGAAAACAAAACCCCUCUUUCUGCUUUAUUGGACCAUCUAAUUUCCAUUAAAUUAUUUGAUCUGUUCGUUCCUUCUGGGUAAACUUGACAGUAGCUGCAGGAAGAAUGACAACAUAUUGUGUAGUCAAAAGCCUUGGAAGGACCCAGACAUGUCUCAUCAAUUCAGAAGUCCCUCACAUAGUGGGAUUUUACUGGUUGCAUCAGCCAGUUUCAGGGAAAAUGUUGCAGCAAAAUCGUAAUCAUAUGUGACAUUAAUUGAUCUAAUUAAAGCUUUUGUGUCUUGGUUUGGUUUUUUAUUUUUUUCUAACUCGCUAGGCUGUGAGAGAAGACUUGGGUUAAACUUUGAAUUCCCAAUCAGGCUUUCUAUUGCAUGCAUAGUCCUGUCUAGAUGACAGCUGAAGUAAUGGAAAAUGUAUUGUUACAAAAGAUUCUGCACUGAUUCUCACCUUUCUGUCAUUUUGUUUGCUGUGCUAAUGGAAGGUUUGACAGAGAAGUAUUUAUUCUGUUUUGUGUCAAUGAGAAAUCAUUCUACCUGCAGCAGUCCCACACUGUUAUGCAAAUGGAAGAUUCACUGAUCAUUUCACUUUUAGACAGCAGCUUUAGUUUCACGAUUAUUUUGUAUAAGACCGAAUGCCAACCUCCUGCACAAAGGGAUGAGCAGGUGUGUCCAGGUACAAUAAACAGUUUAACAUCUGGGAAGAUAUUUUCCUAUUGUGGUGAAUUGCUGUCGCAGAACACCAUGUGACAGAAGAUGACAAUAUCCACUACAUGAGUGGUCUCGUGCUGCACAUGAAACUAAGCACUGAGCUUAAUGGCUGUUGUGCUGUCGUGCUCUCACCACUCCAACAUGGCUGUGAGACAGGAACAGCAAAUCUGUGCCAUACUAGAGGGCUCAAUCAGUUCCAGAUGUGCUAUUUUUGCUGUAUUUGCAAGACGAAAUGUCAGGACAAGAGUUCCAGAACUGAAAUCCUUAAAAGUUAUUAAAUGUUUGGGAGUAAUGGCAUGCUUGUAAAGCCUGGUUUAUAAAGCCUAGGAUAGCGUGGUCUUAGCCUCAUUCAGACAGCCGACAUGAGAAGUCACGUGGCUGAAUGUGGCAUAAAGUAAGCCAUCUGCUUCCUUGAUACAAUAAUGUGAAGACAGUAUGAGUCUAAUUUGAAGGAUUACUGGGUUAACUCUUACAGGUGGGAGGUAACAGGUUAUGGCACAGCAAGGUAGUACCAGAUCUCUCUUGGUGUUCUAAACCGUUGUGAAAACAGAUGCUCACAGUUCAGGUGGGGACUUUGGAUUGUACAAAGCACAGGUAAGAUCCUGCAUGGACAUUGUCACUUGUCCCACAGGCUGUUGUUCAAUUUCUGUUCGAUGUGACUUUAUUGUCAUCCAGCAAUGUGAAAUGACGGUCACGUGCUGAUAAAAUUAAUUGGUUAAUUAACGGUUUCUGCUGUGACAAAAAUUAAUGAAACCUCUGAAGUAUUGAAUUUAUGUUCUCUGCUAUCUUUGGUGAAAACUUCUUUCCUGAUGCCCCAGGAUUUAUAGAAAGAAAUUUUUAAGCUAAAUACACAUGAAACUUAUCAAAACAAGGCUACUCUUUGGCAUUAUCCAGAAUUUCUGGUUUAGGAGGUUUCUAGUUUCAUUCACCCUGUUUACCUUCAUGCUUCCUUCCCAAAGCCACAUCCCUCUCUGAGUAAAGUAAAAUCUAUAUGUUGAA